GAAGUAAAACUUCAAGUCAGAGCUCCACAACCACAUGUUCCUGCUCCUCAGCGCUCUGUGAGAACUGGGCCAUUGUUGUUCACUUUAUUUAUUGUUCUUUUCUUAUCUCCAUUCCUGACAGACAGGAUUUGAAAGAGCAGCAGAUUUUCGUUUCUUAUAGUGAGAAGAGCAGAGAGUGUUGGGUAUGUGCCAUGGAGAGAAGGUGCAUUCCAUUCUUUCUGGCAGUCUGCAUUCUAAUUCCAAGAGGGUCUGUCGCAAGCCUACGCUGUGAGUGGGAACCUCACUUUGAGCUGGGCCACGAUAUCAAGGGCUCCUGCGUGCUGUUCUCUCCCACUCUGCCCCUUAGCUGUGCUACAGGGUUUCUACGGGUAACAGAGGGGCUCAAUGUGACCACUCAGUACAGCUCUCUCCAAAGGAACUCAACCAGUGGCAGCCUUUCCUUCACUGUGCCCGCCCCUAGGGAAGCAGAGCUCCACCUUCACUGUGAGAUCAUCUGCCCUGUGCUGGAGUCCCGCCUCUCCUGCCAGCAAACCAUCACAGGGGGUUAUCCGCCAGCCCCCCCCUCCCAGCCUCAGUGUUACAUCAUGAAAGAAAAGAAUGGGGCGCCGCCAAAAAUGAACUGCUCCUGGCAUCUGAGACCAGACUCACUGCUCAGGACUGAAUUCACCUUUCACCUGCGCAUGAUGGGCGGUACUGAGUGGUCCACAGUGGUGCCGGUUGGUCUCAGCACUGUCAUGGUCCCGCGGUCCAGCUUCGUGAGCCAUGUUGACGGAAAGGUUUGGGUCAGCGCCAAGAACGCCCUGGGAGAGAGUCAGUCCAAAAUGAAGAACUUCAACUCGGAGGCCAUAGUUAAGCUGGAAGCCCCAUCUUUUGUAAGCCACGAAGUGACCAGUGAUAUGAUCACAGUGACGUGGAAUAAUGUGGACACUGAGAAGGGUUCUGAUAUAAAUAGAAAUUGUCGACUCCGCUACAGAGAGGAAGGGGUGAGAAACUGGACUGAGGCUGACCCAGAGGACGUAAGUGGUGUCGAGUACACGCUGGACAGCCCACAACAUUUCACCCGCUACCUGUUCCAGGUGAGCUGCAUGGGUGGCAAAGACUCCCCGUGGAGUGAGUGGAGCGACAGCUACACAGUGCAGAGCUCCGAGGCAGCUCCAGUAGGAAUGCUGGAUGUCUGGUUCAUAUCUGACAAGAGAAAUGUCAUCCUGUACUGGAAGGAGCUGUCCCAGGAGAAUGCCCGGGGCAGCAUUCGGGUGUACGAGGUGCAGUGGGAAGCAAGGGAAGGCAUCAAGAACGUGGUGAACGUGUCCAGGGAUGCUGUGCUGUUGUCUAGAGAAAGGGAACAAGCAGAUGGGCUGAGAGAGGAGUUCAGGGAGCCGUGUCUCUGCAUCUAUUCUCUCCCUAAAGAUGGGGUCUUCAGAGCCAGCGUGGUGGGGUACAACAGCGAGGGACAGACACUACCAGCUACUUUAAACUUCAACAGUCAGGGUAACACUCUGAGACACACUGAGAGACUGAGACACACUGAGAGAAACUGAGAUAGAGAGACACUGAGACACACUGAGACAC